AUGUCGCUAAAGAGACUUCUCAACGAAGAAGAUGAAGAUCUCCACUAUCCCGACCCGUCGUCCGUCUCCUCGUACGGCUCCAUUACGCCAACCUACCAGGGCGGCGUUCAAGAUUACUCGUACCCCGGAUAUCAUCCACGCCAUACUCCCUUCCAAAGCUCGGACAGCACCCUUCAGGGCGGCCAAGAUGGUUUUCCCGUCAUCGAGGAUCACCCUCCCAUCGAAGACGUGCAGAUAUAUGACCUUUUUCUUGACCAAGGCGUCGAUGGUCAACUAGGAAGUCUCAACAUCAGCAACGAACCCGAGCUCGCAUCCUUCGACUUUGGCGACCUAGAAACAUGGGGACGUUUAACUGCUGCACAGGCGCCCGACUUAGGAACAUUCUUUGACCGUGACACAGUCGCCCUCACUUUCCCCGAUUCCAGCAUCACUGGUUCGGACUCGUGUUCAUCGACGGCGGGCGAGGAUGAUGCCGACAAGGUCUGCUACGGCAUGCUCUACAAUGUAGACAUCAAAUUGAUAGGUGACAUGGGCGUCAUCGACACCAAGUUGCGCGAGUCUUGCCGAGCCUCCGCCCCUGGCAGGAUAGCUUUCCAGCGCUUCACCCUCUGCGAUUCACAAGAACACAUCUGCCUCUCUUUCAAGGACGACAACACAGAAUUCGGCUACCUCCGCUCUGGGCCCGGCAAGGCCCUCGCCCGACUGCUAACCCCAGACUCCCGUGUCGAAUUCGAGCCCAUCGCCCCGACCAAUGCGCUCCGCGAGACCAUCGGCCGCGCCAAGAAGCCCGUCGAGGCCAUGGUGAAAGUCGACAUCAACGUCUACGGCCCGCGUGCUAUGGCAAAGGUCGUUGGGGACAAGCUGACCGAGGGGAAGCUCUGGUUGCAAAAAUCGGAUCAUGCGCGCCGGGAGCUCUGCUAUGAGAACCCACACGUCCUCAAGAUUCAAGGCAGUGAGAUGAUGCCCGAGAAUUUCAUCAAAGAUGUCAAUAGUGGGCAAUCAACUGGGCGACAACGGCGGGAACAGAAGCUGGAGCGGAUGAUGAUUGAAGUGUACGACUCGAUCGAAAACAAGCGGGAGUUUAAUCCCACCACCAUCCCUUGGCACCAACAGGAGGCGCUCGCGUUCAUGCUAGAGCGGGAAUCUGGUGACAUUAACGAAGGCUACAGACUCUGGCGUCGGGUGACGGUAGAAGGACAAGAAUGGUAUCGUCAUAAGAUCACCAACGUGAAACAAAAGCUUCAGCCGGAUGAGAAGGGCGGCGGUAUUCUCGCCGACGAGAUGGGCAUGGGCAAAUCUCUGUCUAUUCUCUCGCUCAUCGUCAAGACCCUCGACGACGCCCGUAACUGGGCCGUCGAGGAAGAGAAGAACAGCGAGAAGAGCAAGGACCUGCGUUACUCAGGAUCGACCCUCGUGGUCGUAUCGUCUGCUCUUCUCAUCUACAACUGGACAAAUGAGAUUAAAAAGCACGUGGACGGAAGCCUGACACACAUCAAGUACCACGGCCCAAAUCGAGAAAAGGACCUUGACAUAAUCAAAGGCUCCGACAUCGUCGUGACAACCUACAAUACUUUGUCUGCAGAGUUCGAGAAGAAGUCGUCCAUCUUGCACAAGAUUGGCUGUCGAAUCCAUACUCCCUCCAACCUUCAAUUCCUCAAAAGUGUCGAUGAACUGACCGACUAUAACACAGCACAUAUCAUCCGCCGCCCGGCAACGACAUUCUACCAAGCCUGCCGAUCGCUCCACGCAAACUCACGAUGGUGCCUCACAGGCACGCCUAUCCAGAACAAGCUCGCCGACAUUGGCGCCCUCUUCGCAUUCAUCCGCGCAACGCCCUUUGACAACCCAGCCACAUUCCGCCGCUACAUCGAGGUGCCCUUUGAGCAACACUCAGAAAACCGAGAAAAGGUCAAGGAGCGCCUCAUCGCCCUCAUGGAAUCACUGUGCCUGCGCCGAACCAAAGAAGUGCUCGACCUUCCUCCCCUCGAGGAACGCGUCGUCCCACUCGAGUUCAGCCCCGAGGAGCGCGACCAGUACGACAAGACCAAGAAGAUCCUCAUGCGCACCAUCAAGCAAAAGGUAGGCGAGGUCGAAAAGAGCAGCAAGUUCGGCCUCUUCCAGGCCAACCUCCAGAUGCGUAUCCUCUGCAACCACGGCACCUUCCAGAAGCCCUUUUCCUGGCACCGGCGGAGCUACCGCCUCGAUCUCGACGAGCGCGAGGCCGCCGUCUCGGCGUUGGGGCAGAACGCAGAGUUGACGUGCAACGGAUGUCACCAGCCCAUGCCCAUCCUUGGCUUCAACAGGCUGCGCAACGCGUCCGAGAAGCAGUGCCCGCACGUGUUUUGCUCAGAGUGUCUCGACGACUCGGAUCUGUCGUCGUCGGCGAACCCAGUCUCUGCCUCUCGGGAGCGGCAUUGCCCCGUGUGCGAUAACUGGAAAAAGUCGGCCAAGAUUUCUUCUACUGGUCUCGGUACGAUUCCGCAAGUGAGAGUAGAUGGGCCUGCAUUGGAUGCCAGGGGUCUUCCUGACGCUUCCGCACAAACGACGUCAGGCGCGGAUGAUGCGGAUUACUUUAACACGGUGGGAUACUCCACCAAGAUGGGGGCCUUGAUCCGUGACGUCCAAGUCGACGUCUCGACAACCAAGAGCAUCAUCUUCUCUUGCUGGACAAGAACGCUCCGCCUUGUCGCGAAACACCUCGAAAAGGUCGGUGUCAAGUACCACAGAAUCGACGGCGACUGUCCCUUGUCACAGAGACAGGAAAUUCUCGGACAGUUUGCAGAGGACGAGGAGAAGCGGGUUCUCAUCAUGACAACCGGCACCGGUGCCUUUGGUCUCAACCUUACUUGCGCCAACCGCGUCUUCAUCGUCGAACUCCAAUGGAACCCUAGUGUCGAAAACCAAGCUAUCGCCCGCGCGAUCCGCUUCGGCCAGGGUAAAACAGUGCUCGUCACGAGAUACGUGAUCAAGAACACGGUAGAAGAGGAAAUGAGAUCGCAACAGAACGUCAAAAAGAAACUGGCGGCCAUUGGCUUCGACGAAUCCGCUGCUGCCGAUGUUGAUGAAAUGGAUAUUGAUCAGUCGUAA